AUGAGAAUAUCUGCCUCUACCACCCUCAUCGCCGCUUCGGUCUUCGGGCCAGCUGCGGCAUCAUCGAUAGACUCGCGCAACAACAAUGGCGCGACAGUCACCCCAAUCAGAAUUAUUCAAGGCGGAUACAACUCUAGUUAUGCCGUUCUGGAAUUCAACCCUUUCGUGAAGCCCAAUACACUGAAGGUUGCGGCUCGUUACAACACUUCGGAUGGCAACCUCAAGGCAUGGUUGAGUCGUCACCCUAUAAAUUCGAAUAUCGUCAUUGGGUGUAACGAUAAUGCGGUACCAAACGCCCCAGGCUAUCUCACAUCGUACUCCCUGGACUCGAAGACAGGUGAAAUGAAGUAUAUUGACUCGGUCGAUACCGGUGGCUAUCCUGUCCCAGAUUACAGUGUUGCGGCUGCACAUUGUGCAUUCUUCCCGAGUGGAAAAACUGCUGGAGUAGCAAAUUGCUACACUCCAGUACAAGGGCAAAUUGGUGUUGCCGGCAAUGACAAUACAUCUCAAGCAACGUCGCACCCUCACAUGAUUGCUACUCACCCGUUCUUGCCAGUGUUCUAUUUGCCCGACCUGGGAGAGGACAAAAUUCACGUUUACAAGAUUGGAGCCAAUGAUAGCCUUUCGAAUCUGACGAGCUAUCAGCAACCUUUGGGUUCUGGUCCUCGCCAUUUGACCUUUACGUCGAGCGGACAGUACAUUCAACCUAUCUACCCGAAUAAUGCAACCUUCUCCCUCAACAUCAGUGCGGCAGAAGUACAUGUCAGUAACGAUGGUCGUUUCCUCUAUGCUUCCAACCGAAAUCUGACUGCAGCUGCGCUUAUUGACUCUGGUGACGCCUCUGAUACCAUUGCUGUGUGGUCCAUUGGUACCAACGGUACAAUCACUCGUUUACAAUCCGCCAUGGCAUACGGGGCCCGACAGAUUCGAGCUAUGGAGCUUUCGCCAGCUGGCAUGACCGCGUCUUUUGGAGGAGAAGAUUAUGUUGUUGCUGGGGGUUUGAGGACAGACAACACUUUCGUCUUCAAGAGAGACAAGCUUAAUGGGACGCUAGAAUUGGUAGCCGAGGUUGGAGAAACGUACAUGCCUUCGACUUAUCUGUGGCUUGGGUAA